AAUGGAGCAGGAGGAAACCGGGGCUGGUGGCGGUGAUCGAGGGUCAGUGUUCAGCGGAGCAGCGCGAUGGGGCCGGGCUGCGCCGUGGGGCUCCUGCUCCUGCUGCACCUCGGUGGGGCGGCGAGAGUGCUCCAUUCCCUGCGGUACUUCGAUGUCGCUGUGUCAGAGCCCAGCCCGGGGGUUCCCCAGUACCAGGAGGUGGGAUAUGUGGACGGGAACCCCUUUGUGCGCUACGACAGCGAGAGUCAGCGGGUGGAGCCCCAGACACACUGGAUUGAGGCCAACGUGGAUCAGGAAUACUGGGAUAGACAAACCCAGAUCGCACGGAGCAGUCAGCAGAUCGACUCUGGGAACCUGGACACAGCGCGGGACCGCUACAACCAGAGCAGGGGGGGUCACACUCUGCAGCGGAUGUACGGCUGUGACCUCCUGGAUGACGGGAGCACCAGGGGGUACAGGCAGCUCGCCUACGACGGGAAGGACUUCAUCGCCUUCGACAUGGCCACCAUGACGUUCAUCGCGGCGGACGCGGCGGCGCAGAUCACCAAGAGGAAGUGGGAACACGACGGGGCUGUCGCUGAGGGCUGGAAGAACUACCUGCAGAACAUCUGCGUGGAGUGGCUGAAGAAAUACGUGCGCUACGGGCAGGCCGUGCUGGAGAGGAGAGAGCCCCCCGUGGUCCGAGUGUCAGGAAAGGAGGAGGAGGACGGGAUCCUGACCUUGACCUGCCGCGCUCACGGCUUCUACCCGCGGCCCAUCAGCCUCAGCUGGCUGAAGGACGGCGAGAUCCGGGACCAGGACACCCUGUGGGGCAGCAUCGCACCCAACAGUGAUGGCACCUACUACACGUGGGCCUCCAUCGAGGCCAACCCCAGGGACAAGGACAGGUUCCGGUGCCAGGUGGAACACGCCAGCCUCCUCCAACCCGGCCUCUACGCCUGGGAGCCGCACUCUGACCACUCCACCACCGUGGUGCUGGUGGCUGUUGCCGUGGUCAUGAUCAUGAUCGCCACAGUCACCGGGCUGAUCUUCUGGAAGUACAAACUGAAGAAGAACAAGGGGAAGGAUGGCUACCACACGGCCUCAGGCACGGACAUGGGUUCUGCCAGCUCACCACCAGACACUUGCGCUUAACUCCUGCACGAGGGACCAGCACGGGCUGGACGAGCUCCUGCAACUGGAGGCUUCUUGCUGCUGACCUUCUGCUUUUCUGCUACCUGCUUAAUUAAGCACCGCUGUUAAUGACCAUGGAUCGAAUCUUGAGGUUCUACUGCACAAUAAAUGCUGGUCCCUCUUUCCGAUGGGUUCUACCUUGGGGCUGAGGGCUGGAUGGAGCCCAGGGAUCCCUCCCAUGGUGCAGAUGGAUCCCAGGGCCUGGCACAUCAACCCUAUGAAGACAAAGAGAUCAGAUGGAGCUGGAAGGUGUGCAGAACAAGUCUCGUGUGAGGGGUAGAUGGUGGUAGUGGGGGUGUUUAGCUUGGAGAAAGGCUGGAGAAGAGAAGCUGCAUGGAGACCUCAGGGCAGCUUCCAGUGUCUGAAGGGGGCUACAAGGAUGCUGGAGAAGGACCUUCAUCAGUGAUAGGACAUGGAGUGAUGAAUUCAAACUGGAACAGGGGGAGAUUGAGGUUGGAGAUAAGCAAGUUCUUCACCCUGAGGGUGGUGGGACAUUGGAAUGGGUUGAAUGGAGAAGGUUUGGAUGCUCCAUCCCUUCAGGGCCAGCUUGGAGCAACCUGCUCUAGUGGAAGGUGUCCCUGGUUGGAACUGGGUGAUUUAAGCUCUUUUCCAACCCAACCCAUUCCAUGAUCCUAUGGCAUUGCCAAACCCUUUGCCUUUAAGUUGCCGUCAGCCCCCAAGGCGGCUUUUGUACCAUCAUAACCACAGAUUUGGCCAAAAUCCGGGAACAGACGCGAUUUUGCACCAAAUCCCUGCAGAAUUACCUCAGAAUUGGCCAUGGUUAAAGAAUCAGUUUGUGACUAAUGAUUGCGUUUAUAGCAUGAGGCAAUGGUAUCGCUGCUGUCCGCAAUGGUGGCACUGGCGGGGUCUGUGUGUAACUUGUGGGUCUCAAAGGGGGGAAUUAUAAGCUAAAACGCUGAGUUGCAAUUAAAGCCGCUCUGUUGAUAAUGUG